CACGUGACUGUGCCAGCUGGCUACCAGGACUUCCAGCACUAUGCCAUGCGAAACCUGUAUGAUGUCACCUUCUUCAUCAUCUUCGUCACUAUUCUGAUGAACAUCAUCUUCGGUAUCAUCGUGGACACCUUCUCUGAAUUGAGGGACCUCAAGUGGCAGACAGAGGAUGACAUGACCAGCAAGUGCUUCAUGUGCAGCCGGUCCAGCUACGACUUUGAACACUACGGAAAAGGUUUCGACUUCCACGUCAAGAAGGAGCACAACAUGUGGGCGUAUUUGUUCUACUUCAUCCACUUGGACGACACGAGGAAGAACGACUACACUGCCCUUGACCUAUAUAUAUACAGACUGUUGCAGCGUGAGAACUACGACUUCUUCCCCAUCAACCGGGCACUGGUGUUGGACGACGAGGGGGACGAGGUGGAGGCCAAACUGGAGAGACUGCAGGUGUCAAUCAACCGACUCAUCGCCAGACAGGAGGAGAUGGAGCUGAUGGAAAUCAAGCGACAACAAAAAGAACGCAGAGAUGAAUUCAAAGCUAAAAAUCUGAAAGGAAAGGUCACUUUUGCAACAAGCACUCCUCCUGCAAGUUCAUCGAAUGACAGUAAUGCAUCGACAAAUCCACAGAAAUCAGCUGGAGGUCAAAAAUGAGUGAAUAACAGUCUAAACGGAUUAUUCAAAACUAUGAUUUUAAUUAGCCAUAAACUUUAUUGCCAAAUCACAAAAGUGUUGCCUUACUUAGCAAAAAAAAUCGAUUGUUUUUAUUUUUCUCUGCCUUAUUAACAAAAAAUAAUUGAAAAUGA